GGAGGCCAGUAUAAAUGUGGGCCACGGAGGAGUGAGCACACACACACACAUCACACACACUCGCCAUACUGAGAGAAAGUGGAGGGAAAACAUCCACACAAGUUCAAGGACAAUGUGGCUGGUCCUUCUUACGUAUCAACUUGCCACGCUCCUUCUCAUCCGAGCUGAAAACCCCUGCUAUAGACACUCUACCUUCAGAAGUCCAGCGAACUCGGACAUUGAGGUCUUCUGUGGCGCUCAGACUUUGAAGCUUCACAUCCUGCUGUGCCCCAUCUACUUCAGAGGGUACAAUGAGUCCCUGAUGUCCCUCAACUCGCAGCACUCCAAUCAGGCAUGUAAAGGGACGGCCGACUGGGCCGUGGACCCGCCAAUUGUUAAGUUCAACUUCUCCAUCACAGAGACGGGCAUCAGCGAGUGCGACAACUCGCUGGCAGUCACCCAGGAGGUGGGAACGGGAGUGUUCUCCGAAUUCUCCCAUGUCGAGUACAUCAACAUCUCAGGCAUGGUCUGCUCCAAGGACCCGUCCAAAGAUCCCAUUACCUAUCACCAAGAAGUGAUGUACAAGUUCUCCUGCCGCUACCCUCUGCAGUACUUCAUCAACAAUACUCAGAUGAGCGUAUCUGGGGCCAAUCUGGUCAUUAAAGACAACAACGGAAGUUUCAUCAGUACACUGAGCAUGGGACUGUACUCGGACAACAGCUACUCCUCCUCACUGCUGAUGCCUCAAGAAGGUCUAGAGCUGAAGACCAGGAUCUUUGUAGAAGUGAGGGCCUCGAACCUCAGCAACAGAUUCAACGUGCUCCUGGAUCGAUGUUAUGUUACAUCCUCACCUUUUAUCAUCGACACCAGCUUCCACGAUCUCUUCGUUGGGUGUCACCGGGACGUCCAGACAAUUGUCAUGACUAACGGAGACCAGCAGGAGGCCCGCUUCUCCUUUGAGGCUUUCCGCUUCAUUCAAAGCUCAGAUGAUAUCAUCUCCACCUACUACGUCCACUGUGCCACCAGACUCUGUGUGAACUCCAUCUGCCCUGCCCUCGUCCAGCAGAACUGCACUAGCUCUAGGAGGCACCGCAGCGUCGACGACAACCAGGAUACUACAGUGAGCGACUCGGCCACCAUCACUUCAAACCCCAUUUAUACCAAGUUAGAGAAAGGUUUUUUAUUUGUUCAUUUCACAGGACAUAUGUCGGGAUCUGAAGACCCUCAGGAAAGUCAUCAUACAGUGGUGGUGGUCUCAAUCAUAGCGGGCAUCAUCGGCCUCAUCUGCCUCACUCUCAUUGUCGUCAUCGUUCUCAAGACGUACAAUGCAAAAAGUGCAGUAGGCAAGACUAUUCUGUACUCACCAGAAUGACACAUGUCCAUUUGGUAUGAUCCGUCAUACAAAAUGAAUAACACCAUCAUUCAAGACUGGGUCACCACAAAUAAGUUUGCUGAAUUUUGUUUUCCUGCCCCUCUUACUUAAGAUUUAUUAAAUAGCACUUGGUAUGAAAGUAAAGAUAGUCAGAAAUGUUAUAUUGUGCCCUCAAUGGCAUUUUUCAUGACUGAUUUUUGAAUUUGGUUGUGGUAGUUUAUCGAUUAAAAACCCUGCUGAUAAAAAAAAAAGAAAAGACAGAAUAUAUAUA